UCGAAUAUGCAUAUUUAUUUGGAAAAAAAUUUAACAAGUUCAUAUAAGCGCAUUUGAUGAAUGCAGCAGUGAGACACAUAUUACAGCAAAGGAUCUAAACAUAAUUCUAAACAUAAACAAGUGACAGUAGAAAAUAUUUCCAACAAAAAAAAAUAUAUAUUAUAAAUAAUAAUAAUUAUAUUUAAAGUUCUAAUUACACAAACAGAACCAAACAGAGUAAACAUUCCUAUGUGUUUCGUCGUUCAUUUGGGUAUAUCGAAAAUAAUACUUGGGCGUAUUAAGUGCAGUUCCAAUGUUCUUCAUUGCGCUGGGCGACCUGAGAGUGCUGCUUCAUUAAUUAAUUAAGUUCGGGCUCGCUUUGUUGGUUAGUCGAAACGCCAGCAUGCAAAGCACUGAUGCAAAAUUACUGAGAAGAAGUUGAAAAUAUUUUGUGUUACACAAAUGCCAAAUAUUUUAGAUAAAAAAAAUUUAAUAUUAACAUUGCGAAUGAAAUCGAUCACUUAUGCUCUUCAAUAUUAAAAUUUUACUUGACUGCGGAAAAAAAUAAAUUUUUUGUAAUAACAUUGAACGCAACAUCAACACUUCAGCAUUCAGCAAAAAACGCAAUUACGUAAAAUACACAACCCGACAUCAUGGACACUGUUUACGGUACAAAAAAAUACUUCCAGAGCUUAUCCGGUGCCAGUGACAUCUAUCGCACGCAAGCAUGCCGUACUAUGGUCAACGACUACACAUACCAAAAUACUUUGGGUAGAAGGUCGACGCUUGGUGCUUAUUAUCACAUGAACAAACAACCUUCCUAUACAAAUGAGCACAGUCUUAAUAGUCAAUAUGGGUACAAUACGUGGGGCAUUUGGCGUGAUGGUCGUAAUAUAGCCCCUUCCACGUUUUCUGCUAAAACGCAUACGCACUAUCAGAAGACACGCUCUUUUUCAAUUAUACUUACAACAGCUGCAUUUAUCGUUCUCUUGGCAGUUAUAUCGAUAGCCGGAUUGGCUUUCUAUUUCAGUUCGAUUAAAUCGAAUGUAGAAGAUCCUGUAUUGGGGUUCGAAGGCUCCUUUCGAAUUGCAAAAGGUGAUCUUUUUUCGACUGGAUUAAAAAAUAAUCAUACGACAGCUUAUAAGCAAAAAAUCGAAUUUUAUAAACGUUUUAUGGAGCGUGCGCUUACAGAUAAUGGCUUACAACCGAUACGAACUGACAUUUGGGGGUUUGGUGAUGGACCUCUAAUAAAAGUAUUUUUUAGAACAUUUCUGGAUGUGAGAAAACUACCACAGCACAUACAUAGCGUUGAGGACUACAUUAAGGAAUCAUUAUUUUUAGAAACGACGGCCACUAAAUCCCUUUAUCGUUCAUUGCGUAUUGAUGCAGAAUCUGUGGAAAUCAAACGCAUUUUAGAUGAGCAAAUAGUUAAGUCAGCAUCAUUGUUUAAAGAAGCGGCGGUACCAACCAGUCAAACACAAUUGGAGAAACGUUUAAUGAAGAAAAAUGGUAAUAAUCCCAGUUUAAUGUCGAAAUCUGCAACAACUGCAAAACCACGCAUAACUCAACGUCCACAUGCAGUUGAUGAUGAACCUGAUAUUGAUGUAGAAAAUGCACCGGUCAUUCAAGGUUCAUUUGAAGGUUCUUUCGAAAUAACGAAAACCGAUGCGGAUAUAUCACGUAAGAAGGUUACACCAACAAAAGCAUACAGCAGCUUACCACCAAAAGCUAUUACACCAUUUCCUCUACGAGUGAAACCAAAAAAACCCUCAAUAGAAAAAUUAACCACAAUUAUACCGCAACAUCAGCAAACUAAGCCAACGACCACAACGACAACGACAACGACGACUACAACAACCACAACAACACCAUCUAGUACUAGUACUACGGCUUCUACUACUACAACAACAACAAGUACAACCACUACAACACCUCGACCACGUACAACUAAAAAAACUACGACUACUGAAAAACCAACCCAUGCAUCUACGACAACUACGUCUACAACAAGUACCACCACUACAAAACCAACAACAACUUCGACAACACAUGCGGCUAGUACAUUGAAAAGUAUUUUCUCGAAUGAAUUUAAUUUCCCUGCAAUAACAACACCUUCUACCACUUUCAAUGUGCCGAAAUUGGAUACAAAUUUAUUCACAUCUAUACCAAUUCUGGAUACUCAACCUUGGAAGCCAAUUCAUAGAGAAGUACCCGAACUUUUACCUGGUCCACCUCCUGCAUUCCCAACAAAAACAUUACCAACAUUAACGAUGCCUACACUGCCCUCUGUAUCAUCUAUUUCGAAAGAUGCGCCUCAACGCCGAAUUGAUGAUAUAGAUUUGUCCGUCGCUCUUGAAAAUCCAUCUUCUGCUAUUCAAGCAGCAUUCGAUCCUUACUCGCCAACUUUCUUCGCCACAACAUUGCGUAAACCAGAUUCUAGUGCUGAAAAUACGAACCCACAAGAUAUGAUGUUUUAUCAUAGUUUUGGAAACCCUGUCUUUAUGCCUGGUGCUGAAGGUAUUGAACGAUUAGGCGCUGGUGCACAUGUUCAACCACAUCCACUUCCGGUACCACUAAUUGAUGAUGUAGUAAUUCCACCAUUCAAGCCAUUAAAUGCAGUAGUCGCAAAUGACGAUUUACCUUUUAUUAAUGAAAGCAAUAAGAAGUUCGAACAUUUAGGGGGUGGAGUUAUAGCAAAAAAACAAGAUAAUACAACUAAAGCUGUCAAUCUUGCAAUUUCUACAGAAGUCACGACCAUAAAAGAUAUAACAAUUGAAACAAGUUCUUUGAAACCUGUUAAUAAUAUUAAGGACGAUGAAGACCUACAGUUAAGUGAGUCGAAAGAACAACUUGUGGACCAACCAACAGCAAAUUCUGAGCUAGCAGACACAAUUGGCCAAUUUUUUAUGGAUUUAUUAAAUUUACCUAAAGAAGAUAUUAAUUCUACUACAAUGCAAGCAAUAGAAUCAAGAAUUGUACCGGAAGAGAAUGUUACAGUAGCUCCAUUAGAAAAAAUUGAAGACAAGAAUACUACAGUCAAAAAACCAAAUUUCUUAAAUUUAAAGGAAAUAAUUUUACAACGAAAUCAGGCUGGACUUGCCACUAACCAAGGAGUAAAUCAAAAUAAAUUUGAAAUGAAUUCUACAACUACAUCUGUUAGUUCCACUACCCCUACUGUAGCUGUUACUAAAACACCAGCAACAAAACGAAAUCGAGUACGCCCAACACACAAGAAACCACCGACCAUUCUAGAUGAUUCUAGUCUUUUUCCAUCGCAUUCAAAAUGGGAGUUCGUAAAUAAUACCAACAUAAAUAGCUUCGGUCAAGCCGGUAACGUGCGUAAGGUAUUUAAUAAAACACUACAAGCUUGGGUUUCCGAAGAUGUUGGCAAAACUGAAAAUAUUACACUUAACGACAUAAAGACACGCAUUAAUAACGCUAGUAAUAUACAAGAUAUUUCACUUAUUUUCGACACUCUAGCCUCGAAGUUGGGAUUCACACCAAGUGAGCAAACAAAGGUGCCACCAUUCUCGCAAAAUAAAUUAAAGCAAACAUUAAAAAAUGAUACCAGAAUCAAGCCAACCAUAAAAUCAACUACAAAGACAACACAAACUACUCCAUUCACCACAACAACUGGUAAACAAUUGACUGAUACGCUUGUCAAGCAAAGGGAGCCUUUCAUUCGGCCGAUGUCGAGUUUUAUGGAAGACAACUCAUCUGAAGGAAUCGGCGCAGCAAUUCCCGUAGUCGGUGAAGCAGAGGUUGAAGUAAUCGAUCCUACAAAGUAUGAGGAAAUGUUGAAAUCAUCACAUUUCGCUGAGGCCUCCACUACUGAAACUGCACCUAAACUUGUAACCCUGUUGCCGGUACGCUCUAAUUCUGGUAUACGCACAUAUAAGCCGUUGGAGGAAACACAACGCAGCAAUAGUGACAGCGGCACGCCGAGUGCUAUCAGCAGUAGUAUUAUCACCAGUUCGAGUUCCAGUGGACACAUUAGUAACACUCGCAAAAGCAAUGUUAACCAAAGUCGUAGAUUUCCGCCAGCAGAAGCAGUUGUCAAAGGCGGCAUAAGAGUAACAGCAAAUUAAAAAGAAAGAAAUUAAUAAGAUAUAUAUCUUAUAGGAGAGAAUGUAAAUAGAGUAUGAAAAUACUUAUUUAAGUAAUAAUUGCCACAACUAACAUAUAUUAGUAACAAUGCUUUCUCCUACCUACUGCUUUUAGUUUAAGUCGUAUAUUAUAUGAAAGCAAUGUGAUUAAUCAACUCCAGUUACAUACCUUUAACAUCUUUAAAUAUAGCAAUAAGAGAUACUACUAUAAUAGCACAUGAGAUACUACAAUAUAUAUUAUAAAACAUAAUUAUUAAUAAAUACUUGAUUUAGCGCUAUGUUAUUCUGU